AUGGCAGGCAACUCUUACUGCGUCGAGCGAAAUUGGGGCCUUACUCCGGAAACGCCUACAAGCUCGACACCAUCAACAUCUGCAAGCCCAACACCAACAACACCAAGCAACGGUAUUACCACUCCCAGUCCUAUACAGAUGGGAAUGGUCAACAACUGCAACAAGUUCUACCUCGUCAUCAAGGACGAUACCUGUUACGAUAUCGCUUCCAAAUCCUCCAUCUCGUUGGAUCAGCUGUACCUGUGGAAUCCUGCCAUCGGUGAUGAAUGCAAGGCUCUUUGGCCAGCAAAUUACAUUUGCGUCGGUGUGAUCGGAGGUUCUCAGAGCCCUAUCCCAAGCUCUAUCCUGAGCCCUAGUCCCACUCCAAAGCCGUCUAGCAAGCCCUCACCAACAACAUCCCCCAAUGGCGUCAACACCCCUUCGCCUAUUCAAUCAGGCAUGACCAGCAAUUGUGACCAGUUUUAUCUGGUCAAAGACAAUGAUGGCUGCUAUGAUAUUGCAAAGAAGUACGGCAUCACCCUUGAUCAAUUCUACGCCUGGAACCCCGCUGUUGGAAACACAUGCGCGGCACUAUGGCCAACAAACUACGUCUGCGUUUCAAUUAUCGGUAUCAACCCAACUACUUUCGUCACCAAGACAACUCUUACGAGCUCCAUGUCAUUGGCGAUCCCUCCCCCGUGUACCUUUGACCUGGCCAUAGGCCAAUACGUGUGUCCUUCUCGCACACCUACGCCGGCUCCUACGAAGCCUGGAAGUGGAAUUGCGACCCCAACACCAAUUCAAAGUGGUAUGACGACCAAAUGUAAGAAGUUCCACAAGGUUGUGAAGAACGAUGGCUGCUGGGCGAUUGCAAACACGUACAAGAUCGACCUGAACGACUUCUACAAAUGGAAUCCUGGUGUUGGAAGUUCCUGCGCCACACUAGGACUGGACUACUAUGUUUGCGUUGCGGUGUGA